GGAGGGAGGCAAUACACCGUUUAGAAAAUUUUCUCACCUGUCAGUCAGUCACCGCUAGACACUUCCAACAUAAACUUCACUCAACAAUCCAAAUCCACUUGUCAACUUCGCCGUUCAACUCAAUCCCCCACGUUUCCUUCUAUUUCUCAUGCUCUCAUACUCUUUUGCCGAGAGAUCGACGCUGUCGGGAGGGGAUUGAGAAUGGCGUCCAGGGAUGCCUCCGGCUUCAAAUUGUUGUUCGGUUUGGCCGUCAUGUACGGUCUAAUGUCGAUGCUGGUGUAUUGUGUCAUCCAGAUGAAAUUUAUUAAGCCUCUGGAGAUGGACGCGCCUCUGGAUCGGUUCUCGGAAGCUAGAGCCAUCGAACAUGUUCGAAUUUUAGCCAAAGAGAUCGGCGGUCGCCAAGAAGGAAGGCCUGGUUUGAAAGAAGCUGCUCGAUAUAUUAUCCGACAGUUGGAAAUGAUGAAGAAGCGAGCGGGAUCCAAUACAAGGAUUGAAAUACAGGAGACCUUUGUUAAUGGCAGUUUCAAUAUGAUGUUCUUAGGCCACAGCAUAUCUCUGGCAUACAGAAACCAUAUAAAUGUUCUUAUGAGGGUGUCAUCAGUGGACUCGCAAAUCUCAGACCCAUCAGUAUUAAUGAAUGCCCAUUUCGAUAGUACACUUGGUUCUCCUGGUGCGGGUGAUUGUGGUUCAUGUGUUGCAUCGCUAUUGGAAAUAGGAAGGCUUGUUGUAGACUCUGGUUGGGUUCCUCCUCGGCCUAUUAUUUUUCUUUUUAAUGGUGCUGAGGAGCUUUUUAUGUUGGGAGCACAUGGCUUCAUGAAGACACAUGAAUGGCGUGAGACAAUUGGAGCUUUUAUAAAUGUAGAAGCAUCUGGGACAGGUGGUCCAGAUUUGGUUUGUCAGUCUGGACCAGGUCAAUGGCCUUCGAAAGUUUAUGCUCAAUCAGCAAUAUAUCCCAUGGCACAUAGUGCAGCACAGGAUGUUUUUCCUGUUAUUCCUGGAGAUACAGAUUACCGAAUGUUUUCCGAAGAUUAUGGCAGCAUUCCUGGGCUGGAUAUUAUCUUUCUAUUUGGUGGUUAUUUUUACCAUACAUCCCAUGAUACUGUAGAGAGACUAUUACCUGGAAGUAUCCAAGCACGCGGAGAGAAUUUGUUUAGCAUUUUAAAAGCCUUCACCAAUUCUUCUCAGCUAACAAAUGCCCAUGAAAAAAAGUUUGUCAAAGCUAAUGCAAAUCUUCAUGAGGGUGAACGCGCUGUUUUCUUUGAUUACUUGACAUUUUUCAUGGUAUACUAUUCAAGAAGGGUAGCUCUAAUACUUCACAAUAUUCCUCUUGCCAUCUUCCUUGCCAUGCCACUCUUUUUAUAUUUAAGGUCCUCCGGGUUGCGUUCUUGGUUUGCAGUUUCCUGGGACUUUAUGAAAGGAAUGUUAUUCCAUGCUACUGGGGUUAUACUAGCAAUUCUCUUCCCAAUAAUUUUUUCUAUCCUGAGAUUGUUGUUUACUAGUCAAGCAAUGAACUGGUUUGCUCAUCCAUAUUUAGCUUUCUUGAUGUUUAUCCCCCCUGCACUUAUUGGUUUGUUGAUUCCAAGAGCUGUUUGUGGUUGCUUUCCCCUCUCUCAAGAUGCUUCAGUUCUGAAGACAUCAACGGAGGCACUAUCGGAUGAAGCAAGAUUUUGGGGAGCUUAUGGUUUAUAUGCUUCAAUGACUUCGGCAUAUCUUGUAGCUGGGCUGAGUGGUGGCUUCUUAACUUUUAUGCUGUCUGCUUAUAUGCUUCUUGCAUGGAUUUUGUUUUGCUUAUCGGUCAAAUCUUGUGGUCAUCAAUUGCUCAGUAUUGCUCCUCCCAGGACAGCAGUGUUUUAUGUGAUAGCUCAAAUUCCAUCCCUUGCAUACUCUGUUUAUUUUGGUGGCUUUCUUGUCCAAUUCUUGAUUGAGAAGAUGGGCAUGAUGGGCACUAUUCCACCCCCAUAUGGCUAUUUCAUUCCCGAUGUUAUAGUAGCAGCACUAAUUGGAAUUGUGACUGGUUUUUCUAUGGGCCCUCUAAUACCUGUUUGCAGUCACUGGUUAUCCAGGUCAUCUAUUAUGCAAUUUUUGCUUCAUCUUAGUGUGCUAGGCUUGGCUCUUUCAUCUCAGUUCUUUCCGUAUAGCACAGCUGCACCUAAGAGGGUUGUUUUUCAGCAUACUUUUCUGACUGCAGAUAGCAAUCGAAUUGUGGACUCGAGUUAUGAUAUAUCUGUAUUGGAUUCCAAUUCCUUAUCUUUUCUUUUCAAAUAUGCACCUCAAGUGGCAAAGGAAUUACAUCUAAGUCCAGACUUCUCUUUUGAAACUGCAAGGUUGUCUCGCCAUGAAACUUGGAUGGGGCUUUUUCCUGUUUCUUUACUGUUUGCAAGAGGCUUGAAGCUCCCAGCAAAGAGUGAUGAAAUGUUGAAGCAGUACAAACACUUUCCGAAUCUUUCUACUUAUGAGCCACACAUAAUCUAUAGUGGGGAAACUCGGAGAGUUCACUUAGAACUUUCCUUAGGUUCUCUGGAGGAGAUUUGGGUGGCAGUCCUCAAUAUUACUGGCCCGUUAUCCAGUUGGUCAUUUGCAGACAAUAUGCUCCCAGCUCCUGAAACAUACAAGGGAGGCCCGCCAUCUUAUAUAUCUCGACUUAGUGGAGCAGGCAACGAGAGUUGGAACUUCUGGCUAGAGGUUAACAGUGAUGAAGAGUUGAGAGUGGAUGUUGCAGUGGUAGACCAAUACUUGGUUGACGAAGCAAAGAAGCUGACCGGCCUUCUUCCAGAGUGGGCGGAUGUGAUUGCUUAUUCUAGCUUUUUGUCUAGUUAUGUAUUCUAGCAGUGUCCCAAUUGCUUUGGGAAUCAUUUUUGUAAGACACAAUUUUAUAAACAAAAAAAUAAUUCUUAUUCAGUUUUUAACUUCAUCA